AUGAUGAGAAAAUUACUUCACAUCAAAUUUAAUGGGCGAAAUAACAACAGCGCACAAUUUUGUAAAUGCUUCACAACGGAAAAAAAGGAAAUUGCAGGAAUCGAAAAUUUCCUCAACGAUCUGAAAUCAGAUGGAUGCAAAAGCUGGGAAUAUUAUAUCAAGGGAAUAAAUCCAGAUUAUGAGCCAAGAAAAGAAAUGUACAAUUUUUUGAAAGAAAAAAAUAUUAAUGUACAUAGAAUGACUGUAUAUGAAAUUGAAUGUUUCACCAAAUGGAUACAAAUGAGAAAAUUGUAUGGUGAUCAAUUUCCUCGAUUUCCAUACGAAGUAACAUUUGAGGAUAAAAUUAACGAAUUAAGAGACAAGUAUCCCGAUCCGUGA